AAGUGAGACUCUUGCUGCUUGGAGGGAACUGUCAGAGCUCAACUGUGUCCCUUCUUUGUGGGGCUGUGGACAUCACAAAAGAGAGAUGGGCAGAGCCACCAUGUGGCUCCCUGAAUACUCCUGGCACGCAGAACUUGGAAGGCGCCGGGACCCACUGUCCCCCCGGACGGGCGGCCUUUCCCUCCUGCUGCUCAGUGCCUGCUUCCUCAGCAGCUGUGCUGGGGCUCCGGACCCGGAGCUGAGGCUGGUCAACGGAAGCGGCCCCUGUGAAGGCCUGGUGCAGCUGAAGGUGCAGGGCCAGUGGGGGACGCUGUGCAGCAGCCACUGGAGCAGCGAUGAGGUUUCGGUGGUCUGUCAGCAGCUGGGCUGCCCCCUGGCCGCGGGCAGCUCGGCCGGGGUGAACACGAGCGACGCGGCCGGACGCUCGUGGUCGGGCAACGUUUCCUGCCACGGGAACGAGUCGGCCCUGCAGGACUGCAGGCUCGGCCAGUGGCGGCAGCAGCCCUGCGCGCAGGGGCAGGAGAUCCGAGUGAACUGCUCCGAGGGAGCGAACAUGGCCGUGAGGCUGGCCGAUGGCAUGAACCGCUGUACGGGCCGUCUGGAAGUGAAGGUCCAGGGUCAGUGGGGGACGGUGUGCGACGACCUUUGGGGCAAGGAGGACGCGGAGGUCGUGUGCCGCCAGCUGGGCUGCGGAACGGCCUACAACGUGCGGAGGCCCCUGGGUAUCAGCAUUGGCACCGGCCCCAUCUGGAUGGACGACCUCAACUGCUACGGGAACGAGACUGCUCUCUGGGACUGCCGCCAUCGGGGCUGGGGUCAGCACAACUGCAACCACCACGAGGACGUGGGGCUGGUGUGCUCAGAAGGAGCAAACAUGGAGUUGAGACUGGUGGGCGGAACGACAAACUGCUCUGGGCUGGUGGAGGUCCGGUUGCAUGGGGAGUGGGGCCGGGUUUGCGACACCAACUGGAACAUGGAGGCGGCUGCUGUGGUGUGCCGCCAGCUGGGCUGCCCCGCGCCCAAGAAGGCCGUGAGCUGGUUCGACGGCGGCGAGCAGGAGCACAUCUGGUUCGGGAACGUCCGCUGCCACGGCAAUGAAUCUGCCCUCUGGGACUGCGACUACGACAACUGGGGCUGCAGGUCUGACAGCCACGCCAAGGUCAUCUGUUCUGAGAAGGACGAUCUGGAGCUGCGGCUUGUCGGCGGGGGCAGCCCAUGCGCCGGGGCCGUGGAGGUGGAGAUGCAGAAGGUGAUGGGCACCGCGUGCCAGCAAGCCAUCCACAUGGAGGAAGCCGAGGUGAUCUGUAAGCACCUGCAGUGCGGCUCCGCCGUCAGCAUCUCCCAUCAGGAAGGCUUCGAGGAAGUGACCGUCCACAGGGGUCUCACCAAGGUCUCCUGCACUGGGGAGGAGGCCUCCUUUUGGGACUGCAAGACCUGGAGGUGGGGAACACAGUCCUGCGAAACACCGGCAAAGAUCAUCUGUUCAGGCCACAUGCAGCCGUCGCUGGUGGAUGGAGACUUCCAGUGCUCCGGCCGCGUUCAGGUCAAGCACAAAGACCAGCUGGCUUCGGUGUGCGCCCACGACUUCCCCCUGGCCACCGCCCGCGUGCUGUGCCGCGAGCUGGGGUGCGGCUCCCUGACCUCGGUGGUGGAGGCGAGUCGUUUUGGAAAAAGAAGUGGCUCGAUCCUGGACGAAGAGCUCCGGUGUACGGGCAACGAGACCAACCUGUCUCUGUGUCCCAGGGUGCUCCUCCCCGAGGGCAGCUGCUCGGAUGGCAGGGACAUCGGAGUCAUCUGCUCACGGUACAUAGACUCCCAGCUGGUGGAUGGAAACUCUAAAUGUGAGGGCCGAGUGGAAAUUAAGAUCCAAAACAAGUGGGGAGCCCUGUGUGACUCUUCCUGGGACCUGGCUAACGCCAACGUCCUUUGCAACCAGCUCGACUGCGGGGUCGCUCUCUCCAUUCCCAAAGGAGUCUAUCAGGGGAAGGAAGACAACCCUAUCUGGGGGCACAGGUUUCACUGCUCAGGAAUGGAGCACCACUUGGGGGAUUGCCCCGUGAUUGCUCUGGGGGCUCCCUCGUGUUCCCUCACAGCCUCGGUGAUAUGCUCAGGAAACCAGACUAAGCAGUGGGUGCCCUGCAGAGACUCCCAGCACAGCCCGGCCGGGGCCAGGACGCGCCUUCGGAACUCGACCACGUGCUCAGAGAUCCGGGAGAUCCGCCUGGUGGAUGGAGGAGACCGCUGUGCCGGGCGGGUGGAAGUCUACCACCAGGGCGCCUGGGGCACCGUCUGCGACGACUUCUGGGACCUGAACGACGCCCAGGUGGUGUGCAGGCAGCUGGGCUGUGGGGUGGCCUCCAAUGCCACGGUUUUAGCCCACUUUGGACGGGGCUCGGGGCCCAUCUGGCUGGAUGACGUGCAGUGCUCUGGGAACGAAUCCCAGGUGUGGCAGUGUCCUUUUCGAGGCUGGGGUCGACACAACUGUCGUCACAAGGAGGACGCGGGAGUCAUCUGCUCAGGGGUCGUGGACCUGAGGCUGAACAACGGGGCCAGCGCUCAGAACUGCACUGGACGCUUGGAGGUGCUUUACAACGGGAGCUGGGCAAACGUGGGCAGGAGCAAGAUGAAUUCGCUCACCGUGGGGCUGGUGUGUGGGCAGCUGGGCUGCGGAGAUAGCGGGGAGCUGCGCAGCGCUUCCCGCCAGGCGAACUACCAACGCACCUGGGUGAAUGACGUCGAGUGCCCGCAGGGGCCGGCCACCCUCUGGCAGUGCCCGUCCUCGUCCUGGGAAAAGAAGUACCUGAGGACCUCGGACGAGACCUGGAUCACCUGCACAGGGAAGAUUCGUGUUCAAGGGGGAAACUCCUCGUGCUCGGGGCGUGUGGAGGUCUGGCACGGAGGCUCCUGGGGCACGGUGUGUGGGGACUCCUGGGACCUGGCUGACGCCGAGGUGGUGUGCCGCCAGCUGGGCUGCGGUGACCCCCUGGAAGCCCCCUUGGAGGCCGCCUUUGGCCAAGGCAUUGGGCCCGUCUGGCUGAGCAAUGUCCGUUGCCAAGGAAACGAGUCGUCUCUGUGGGACUGCCCUGCGAACCCUUGGGGGCAGGCGGCCUGUGGGCACAAGGAAGAUGCCAGUGUGCACUGCUCCGGUACUUCCAAGACCCCUGGACAUUCUGAAGGACGCAGAGGCUCUGAGGUGUCCUGGAUCUUCUCAGUGCUCGUUGUGGUUCUCCUCCUUUUUGUUCUCUCCUUUUGGGUUUGGACUAAAAGACGGAGGCAGCAAGUCAGAGCCCUUUCCAGCGGAGGGGACCUGAACCGCAUGGACCUGUACCAGAAGGCGGAUUUCAAAUGGAAGGACGACCAAAACUUGCUGAGCAGUGAAGACUCCGGAGGGACACGCCGACCCCUCAGACAGCAGCCCCAGUCUGGUGUCCAGGUCAGAAACUGUUCUCAAUCCCUGGAGAAACCAGACGGACGUCCAGCUCAGGAGGUAGCUGCAGGACACCAAGUCCUUUCAGAUGUUGGUGCAUGAGCCGCUGCCCUUCACUUGGGCCUUUUCCAUUUCCUUCAUCAUCCUGAGCCCUGGAGAGGAGGAGGACGCGGCCACUGCAACUGUCGGCUUCCCUGGGCAAGGGGAGCUGGGAGACCCCUUCCCAGAAGCCCCUGCGUCCUCUUCUGUCCGAGGAUGGCUCCGGUGACCUAAGGCACAUCAGUUCCCUGCUCUUUGGACAACAGAGCUCACGGUUGGAGCAGCGACAGUUGCUGUUUAUAGACUAUAAAAAUCAUCGGCCUUGUAGCCCCGGGACCUUUAGGGUCGUUGGCCAUUUGGGGGCAAAGAGGCUGAAUUGUUUUAGACAUGGGGAGCAGAGUCACAAUCAAAUCAAAUUUCUUGAUAACUAUUUACAUGUAAAUAAAUGGGUUCCAAUGAGA